AUGGUGGUCUCCUUUGGAAGUUUGGAGAUUGAGACGAGUAACGAUGAUGGAACAACUGGAAUGCAGAAUCUUGAUAGUGCGGAUUUGUUUGAAGUAAAAACGGCGGCUCGGAUAAGUAAGUUUGUUGUUUUUUGAAGUUUUAUAUUACUUUAGGUUCAAAGAAGGUUGUUGGCUAUUGGGAAAGAAGCAAACUUUUGUUGGAAUACUUGACUUAAUGUUUUUCUUUUUUCAGAAGCAGAUGUUGAGCUUCCCGAAGGCUUUCAGAUCAAGAAUCUGAUUGCAUUUCCGUUUGAAAAGACUGUGUAUGUUGUCGUAGAACAGAAUCUGUAUGCACUGCGGAUCGAGUCUGCUGUUCACAACGUUUUCGACAAUGUUUUGUUACCAGGUUUGUUCAUAAGUUUUUUUAUUGUAUAUUUUUUAGAUUUUGUAUCUGAUUACGUGAUAACUCCCACCUUCGUUCUUCUGGUAUUGAAGAAUGGCACGCUGUUGUGCUUGAAUUCUGAUGGUUUAAUGGACAAAAGCGUGAGUGUUUGAAAGGAUUUUAGUAGGAUUAGGUGUUUUGUGUUAUAAUUAGCUAUACAUUUGAGUUCUUAUUGCAGUUUAAGAUACAAUUUACUGUUUUUUUUGCUAUGUUAUCUUUGUCUAUUACAAUAUUUUAUUAUUUUUUAUUAUUUAGCUUGAUUUUCUUAAUGUUUCUUAAUUUUAGUUUAACUUGCCGUACCGAGAAGGUGUAGAAUACAAAAUUGAAUGGUAUGAAACGAAUGGCUGUGCAUAUUUUGUGGCUAUGGCCAUGUGCAACAACACAGCUGAUAUGGCUGUUUAUGAAGUGUUUGAUAAGGAUGAUUUAUUUGAUCAAAUGAUACAAGUUGCUUCUUUUUCUAAUCUUGCAGCAGGUCACUUGGUUGUUACUGUUCAAGGAAUUUGUGUUGUAAGUUAACUCACUUAUAAGUUUAGAUAUAAUAAUUGAUAAUGUGUAGUAUUAUUUGGAAUUUACUUAGACUUUGAAGUAUUGAGCUUAACUUGAGUACUAUUAGUUUCAGCAAUAUGUUAUCCUUAAUGUAAGUUGUAGAUUCCAAAUGUUCGUUCAAACGUGGCUGCAUUCCUGAGUGCUCAAGAACUUGAAUACGAAGAUCCCACUUUGGCCUACAUUCCUAUGGAUGAUCGAAUGCCAGCUGACGAAGCUCAUACCUUCUCAAACAUGCUGGCUCUACGUUACGAUGGCUACAUAUAUUUGAACUCCAGUUUUCCGCAAAUUAUUCCAUCAGUCGAAAUUGAUUUAUACAAGUUACAUGCAAGUGUUCAGGAGUUUGAAAUUCUGAACCACGAAGGCUGUCGAAUGAACUUGAGGGACAAACUGGUGCUUCAUUUACGUGACGAUGAUGGUGACUGCAAGUUGUAUUACACAAAUUUGUUGGGCGACUUUAGUUAUGGUGUUGACGUGCCUGAUGUCGUUGCGAUUUGUUCGGAAAUGACGAUUUCUACUGAUUUCGAGGAUAAUGUUGUGUUUGUUGAGGGAAAUAGCAUGAAAAGGUUGGUUUACCUUCGAAUUUGGUGUGAAGAUUAUUUCAAAUUGUACUGGGUGACAUUCAGUCUCUUACUGAGAAGGUUCAGUGUUGCAUUGGGAAGAGACAAGUAGAAACAUAAUUAUACUCUUUUCUUAUCUGGGGAAAGAGAACGUCGUAUAGCUUCGAGUUUGUAGUAAGAUUUACGGAUCAUAUAUUGUUUUUAAAGGAAAUUGAGGCUAAUAUACGACUGUUUUAGCCCAAAUGGUGCAAGAAUGCGAUUGAUUUUUGAAAAUACACCACAAUGUCGACUUCAGAAUCUGUUAGAUAAGGAACGAUUCGAAGAUGCUAUGGUUUGGGCUCAAAACUAUGGAAUGGACACGAGUGUAAGUUAUGUUACUUUAUGUAUAUAUAUUUAUAUUAUAAUUAUUUUUUAUUAAAAUAAUUAUUAUAAUUUUAGGUUGUGAUUAUUCGUCAAGUUGAACAUGAAAUUCGGCUGAUGACUCAAUUCGGCACUAAAGACGAGGACAUUGACAAGUUCAUCGCUUUGCUCAGCGCAUUACCAGACGAACAGAGCUUUGACUAUGCAUAUGAAGUGAUGAUCUUGGCCAGAACCUACGAAAAUAUUGAAAAAAUGUGGAACUUUUGCUCUGAGAGACAGGUUAAAGGUAAGGUUUUUUAUUUUGUAACUUCAAACUUAUAUUGUUAAGAAUUUGUACUGUCAGAAAGCUUUUUUGUUAUUUAAUUGACUUUGCAAGUAAAGAAAGUCUUUAAAUAAAUUUAAAAUUUUUUAAAAACCUUUAUAAACAACACUGGCAUGUUAUUAUAGAUGAGGAUCUGAUUAAACAAGUUCACUCCUUCAAGUACGCAGUCAACACGUACUGUGCCGUAUACGAACCGAAUGCCGACUUCUCAAAGUCAAUUUGGAAAGUGUUUUGCACAAAGGAAAAUCAUUGGGAACUGUUCAAACAGCUACUCGAACAAGGCAAGGUUGAUAGGGCCAGGUAUUUGUGGCAAAGAUAUCAAGAGACGAUGGAUCAGAACCUUCAAAAUCGCUUGGAUGAGUUUAAGGAUCUACUGAAGCUGUUGGAGCAGAUCAUUCGAAGUAGGACCUUUUUUGGAUUUUAAAAUGACUUCACAUUUUAACGGCAAAAUUUUUAUUAUUAUGUUUAAACUAAAGUUCAAGUUAAUUUUAGCGUAACUUUACUUAUUUUGCCAUUUUCAGAUGACUUUGCAAACGUAAAUGAAGUAAUUUUGCUAUUGGAAAAGGAAAUUCUAAGUUCCUUUGCAACGGCCGGUACUCUACCUUCUCUAUCACAAUACUCGGAUUCAUUGUUGGCGUUUGCCAAGUUGAUUGUGAAUGUAUUGGAGACGCAUUCGAAUGAGUAUCCUUUCAAUGCUUGUUUUGUGGUCAAGACUAUACACACCUUCUUUAUACGAAUUGCCAAAGAUAUCGAGUCGGCUGAUGGAAAUAGAGUAGGUUUUGUUAAGGUGAUAUUUAUUGGAUUUUUUUUAUUUUUGGGUUCAAGUUGAGCUUAAAAAACCAAUUUUCGAAUUAAAAUGAACUUUUACAGAACAUUUUGCCAGUUCAACUCGCCGAACUUGGUGUAGGCGCUUUGACCGAAAAUUUCUUCACCGAACUCUCUAUCUUAUGUGACCGUCUCAGCACGCUGUGUCACAUGCGGGAAAAGUACAACUUGAAGUGCUCGUUGGCCGAUCUCGAAUCUUCGACUUUGGAUGAUUUAGCACUGAAGAUGCUAUCAACCUUUGGCUUUGGUUUGGUCGAUAAUCUUCAAGUCUACGUCCAAACCGUCAUCAUACCGUUCUGCGAGGAAUAUCGACUGGACAAGGACGAAAUCUUUCUGAAAUAUGUGGUAUCCAAGCCUGGAAACCUUCAAGCUUGUCUAGUUUUGUGUGACAUGAUCAACGACAGUGAUUUGUGCGCUAGAACGACGAUGUCAAUGAUGAAGAGUUGUCCAUUGACUAACAUCGGAUGGCCAUUGGUCUUGGAGAAACAGGUGGAGAAGGUCAUGGGUCGAGCUUUGUCGCAUUCAAUGUAAGGGAUGUGUGUUAGAUUGGGUUAAAGGCUAGGGCUUGGUUAAUAUGUUGGAUUAAAAAUUAUUUUUUGGUUAAAAAAUUAUGUAAUCUUUAAAAUUUUGUAAAAUUGAUUACGUGUUACGUAUUUCAGCCGAAACGGACUCAAAUCUCUGCUUCUGAAGAAAGAAAUCUGCAUGUUGGUUGAGUCUUACUCUCUGUUAUUACCAAGAAAGACUAUCAGCGACAUAAGUGAAAGUAGAAACUUGGCUGCCUUCUGUCUUGAUGUCAUUAACUCGUCACAUUCUACCAUGGGUAAUCGUUUCGAAGAUGUCAUCAAACUACAUCGUCUGGCCCAAGCUGACAAAAAGCUUUGUUUUGAUUAUGAAACGUUCUGCUCUUUGGUUGUGGACAAGUGCUUGAUCAAGGAGAAGGUGGACUACACCUUCAUUGACGAUUACCUACGCUGCUUCAAGGACGCAAAGUUCAGGAAGAGUUUGUUGUUGCCAAUAGUUACUGCUCAAGUGGAGUUGAUGGGAACGUUACCGGCCGAACAUUUGAAGGAUUGUGUACGAAACGCUCUGUUCUUGUUCAAGUACCUAGAGCCAAAUGAUAAGGACAGAGUCGAGUUGGAGAAGAAAAUGCUGGUUAUGCACAAUGUUCACAGCGCUUUCAGUAUUCAAGUCACAAAGGACAAGAUUGGCAACUUCGAAGCGAUGGAGUCGGAGUUGUUGGAUGCCAUUUUAGAUGCAGAGAAUGAUAUGACAUUCAGUGGGUACUACAAACUGUGCGACAUGUUGUUGUUGGACAUGAACAGAUGUAUUGGGCUGUUGUUCAGGGAUGACGUGGUCAAGGAAAUCAUUGAAGUUGAGGAGCUGAGGUUGAAGUUCCAGAAUAUGGCGUGGUAGGUGGUUUAGUUGCUAUUUAUUGUAUGAAUUGAUAUAUAUAUAUAAAGGUUUUUAAUAUAUUGGCUUAACUUUACAUCAUACAAAUUGUCAGCUUAUUAUCUACAUUUUGGAUACCAUAUGAGUUGACUAGGGGUCUAGGGUAUUUAUUAUCUUCUGAUUUCAGUGAAUUGUUCAACACAAAGUUUGUCCUGGCGGAUGAACCAACCUCUAUGAUCAAUGGUAUCUACGUUUAUUUGUCGUUGUUCAGUCAAAGAGUCAUCAAUCUGCACGAUGUGCCACUGUUGGUAGAGAAGAUGAAACAUUUGAUUACUUUCAUCGAACUCCAGGUUUCAUCAGUCAACAAUUGUGCUCUUCAUGCAUGGUCAACGGUAAGGAUUAGGCUUAAAAAUAUUAUGUUUUUUUUUGAAAAUUAAAUUUUUUUGCAGUUUAGAAUUGCCAAAUUGAUUUUAAAGCUAUUGUAAUAUUGUCGGCUUUUAGUUGCUAAAAUACGUGCACCUGGUCUCCAGUGUAGCCGCAGCGUUGAUACCAGAACGGACAAUUGAUGAACUUGAUGAAGCUUUGAAAUCAGCCACUAAUAGGUAAGUAAUUCGCUUUGAUAAAUCAGUUGUUAAGGGAAAUGGAGACAUGUGGAAGAAUAUUCGAACGAGAGAGAGUCACUGACGCCAAGACUCUUCAGCUUAUACUCAAAUUGGCUGUUACUGUUAAUAAGUAAGUCGAAGAUUUUUUUGGUAAUAUUGGGUACUAUAGAGGAUAUAUGGUAUCUGAACGGUAUGGGAAUUGGAAAAAUUUUUGCCUUUUGUAAAGUUGGGGCGGAUUUUUUUUGGGUUUUAUCAGGUUUGAGUAGAUAUUAUCAACGGGUCGGGCUCAUCUUUUAGGCUUGUCUUGUUUUUUUUAGUUUGCUUAAGCUUGACAUUUUUGUUAAGGGAGGCUGGUCUUAAAACGGCUUGUUGCUCAUGUCAGUCUAGGUUUGACGCGGAUUUUUGGCUUUAGCAUGUCUUCCGGUUAGGCCUAAAAGAGGGUCACUCGGCCUGAUGCGAAGCAACUUUCAAUGGGGCCGGACCGAAAAAUUGGCCUUUUUACCUGACUACCUGGGGCAGGGUUGAAUAAAAUUUCUGUGUUAGUUUAUUUGAAAUUAAUAAUUUUAAAUUUCAGCGAUACGUUCGAAGAUGCUCGUUUGGGAUUGUGGAAAGAUAUAUUGAUGAAUCUGUUGAGCAACUUGUGCUACGAAAUCAGCUUGAAAGCUUUUGCUUUGUCUGAAGAGAAAGGUAAGAUUAACAUUUUAAUCUUUAUACGGCUUAUUUUCCAAAACGAGGAAUGUUAUAGGAAUAGGUAUAAGGAAGAUUUUUGAAUUUUUUUGACGUUUAUGCAUAGUUUCAUCUCUUUUUGUAUUAUAUAUUAUAUUAUGAUGCUUAUAAAAAGAUUUGAAAUGGUAUAAAUGAUACUAUUUAUUGUUAAAAUUUUAUUUUCUUCAGCUUUUUUGACGAACGCAACUGUAUUGCAUGAUCUGUAUCCAAGACUGCUCGCCAUUUACCUGGAGAAGUUGAUAACGCACGAUGGAGAAGAGUUUAUCGGAAGAACGACCGCACUUUUACUCUGUCGUAAUGCUCCAAACCCUAAGGACGCGGAAGCGAUGCUGGGAGAAAUGUUCAAGAGGUUUUAUCAAAAACAACAAAGGACUUCUGCGUAUCGUGUUAUUGAGCUGAAGAUGAAACUGGGCUUCAUGAAUGUGGACGAUGCUCAGAAACAAAUGAAUGCCAUCUUGUGCAUCGACGAACUAGCACGCGUCGGCGUAAGCCUCUCCUCAAGAUACAUAAUGAGUGGUCCCGCAUGUGCGUUGGAACAGCUGGUGUCACAGUUGGUACCGCCGAGAGUCAUCAUUACCUGGUGCAAGUUGUUCAACAUAGACGCUUUUGAAAGUCUAAAGACAUAUCUAUUGCGUUUAAUCGAAAAGUCAGUAUCUGAAGAGCAACAAGACAAGAGAACGAGCACAGUCGCUCAAGUUCUUGAUGAAUUGAACAGUUUGGGAGAUUUCACAAAACAUAUGGGCGACUUAUUGAACCGUAUGUUGAGGUCUGUCAACCCAUACGACUACGAAUUGUUGGAGACUGUGCUGAAGAAGUGUACGCUAAUUUCGACAGAUGAAGCUGUGACUGCUGUUUUUUCCAAACACUUGAGUUACAUCAAGUUUUUGAAGUAAGUGUUUUGGUUGUCAGUUUCUUGAGAUGAUACUUAGACCACAAUACAAAUUUACAGUGAAAACACUCAAUUGUCAAUUUUCAGAUCCGAAUCAAGACAACAACUGAUUGGAGACACAGAGAUUGAAUGGCUAAAAGUACGCAACUUUGAUGGAUACCUACAGUAUUCGUCCUCCAAAUCAAGAUUACCGUAUCAAAUAUUUGUAUCGGACCAGGUCACUGACACCAUAAAGAGCUUCUUAUUGUACGAAUUGAGCACGGAACGUCUUACAGUAAGUUGGCUUAAACUUUUUAAUAAAAAUGGUUACUUUGAAAAAUUUUAGGUAAUACUUUAAAAGUUCAGGUAAUAUAUGCAAUGUUUAUCAAAUUUUUUUUAAAAUUUUAUGAAGUAUGUAUUUAAAGAGUCUGGUCAAUAUUUAAAAAUUUUAGGUAAUACUUCAAACAUUUAGGUAACAUUUUGAAAAAUUUCAGGCCUGGGAGACGAUGGCUGAAAAAUGUGCACCAUUAGUACCAUUCUCACUACCAACAGUACAACGAAGCGUCAUUGUGGCCGAUCUGGUUAGAUGUUGCCAGCUGCAACAAACGGACACGGCCGCAAUGUUUAUGGCCAAGAACUUGUUGACCAACUCGGAGUACGCGGACAAGUACUUGAACACUAUUUCCUGCGUCCUCAAAGAGAUCAAGAAUUGUAGGUUUGAAUAUAGGAAAAAGGCCUAUUUUCAAAAGCUGAACGUUGUUUCAUAAUUUUUUAAAUUUCAGCUUCUGUACGAAGCGAGAUUCUCCGCUUCCUCUACGAUGCCAUCUUCAACAUGCUGUCGGAUAAGAAGAAGCAAAUGGGAAGCAAGUCUACCCAAGACCCCUUCUUCAAAUCUCUGGGACAAGCGCUGGGCUUGAUCAGAGCCAUCACUCAUGGCUGCGAAAUGCACACCUACCUCAAGAAGUACAACUUUAUUUGUCCGGCUACCGAAUCGCUGGUCGAUAAGCCCAAAGAAGCCUGUACAUAUGUCAUUGACGAACUAACGGAUUGGGAUAGUUGGGACAGUAUUGGUGAGUUUUGGCUUGUUUUGGUGGUUUAAAGGCUUGUUUAUCUAGCUUUUGUUGACUAAAAUAUGAAGUCGAAGCCAUAUGUAAUUAACUUACAAAAUCUCACGGUGUAUGUCGUCCUAUUUCCAGCCACCACUUUCGAAUUCCUGACCGACGUCAGCUCCCGACGUUUGAUCCACAUGAAACUCUUCCUUCGUGAAUACCUCAACAGCCAAACCAACCACAACCAAGCCUCGGAAACCAAAGACGACAUGAGCACUUGCGACCUGAAUAUGAGUGCUGCUAUGAUGGACGCGGCUGCCGACGACUUGAAUCAAUCUGGAUCACCGUAUCUGGACAAGGAAGUAACUAAACUGGCAAUGAUUGUGAGCAUGGUAAAAGACGAAAAAGAACUGGUCGAGGAUCUGAACAAGAACAUGGCAUCCCCCGGUCAACAGGUCAAAUGGAUGUGUGUUCUGCUGAGAGCUUCCCUGAUGAUGGAUGUGGAUAUUAAGAAUGAUGUUAGGUAGGUUUUAUAUAUUGUAUUGGGUACUUUUUUGACAUUAAACAUUACUUUCGAUGUUAUCCAUGAUCUUAUCAAUAGUAAUGAAAGACUUUAACGUUUUAACUCUUCAGCGAACGCCUCAGAGCUGCCAUUCAAGAGACCCUGAACAGCAGCGACGAAAGAUCGAAACGGUUCAACUUUAUCACCUAUUGA